AUGGAAGCCGCCAAGAGGAAGCGCACGACAAACCGCACUGCUUUCACGCGUGCAGUAGGUGAUCUGGCAAAGGCUCUGGCAAAGGCUCUGGAAAAUGCGGUGGAUAGAGACGAAAUAACAGUACGUCUACAGCUCCUCGAAGAAAAACACGAUCAAUUACGGGCAGCAAACGAAGUGCUAUUGGCAUGCAUGCACGAGGCGAAGGACGUGUCGGAAACGGCCAUUGCGGAAGAAGACGCCUCCCAUGAUGAAUAUACGAGGAAGUUCCUGCGAGCGAGACUCACCGCCAGGAGCGCAUUGGAGACGACAAACAUGGCUGCUGCAACCACCAGCGUAUUGGUUACCGACGGCGUAAGUACAUCCGUUCGCUAUCAGGCACCUGCUCUAACGAAUCAGAUCAAAUUGCCAAAGAUCGAACUCAAGAAUUUAAAAAGAUCCACGAGAAUGCUGCGAUGGAUAGAGACCAAAUUCGAAUAUCUCUUACAAGCGAUGGUACCGGAUUCACGCGCGGCCGAAUUAGUAGGUAGUUUUCCACCUACCGAGGAAAAUUAUGAUAAAGUUAUAGACGCGAUAAAGAACCGUUUCGGUCGUGAUGAGAUUCUUGUAGAGGUGUAUGUGCGCGAGCUACUAAAAUUAAUACUGCAAAAUGCUGUGAAACCUAAUGAGAAAAUGAAAUUAUCGAGUCUGUUUGACAAAAUAGAAUCACAGCUUCGGGCUCUCGAAUCGCUUGGAGUGAUCACCGACAAAUGCGGCGCCAUGUUGUUCCCUCUUGUCGAAUCAUCGUUGCCGGAAGAAUUGUUACGCGCAUGGCAGCGAAAUCAGGCACCGUCAUCCAAGGGAUCGGGAACAUCGCCGAAAGAAAAUAGACUCACGCAAUUAAUGAAAUUUCUACAAUCCGAGGUGGAGAACGAGGAACGUAUAAUGAUGGCAGUAAGUGGCUUUGACCUGACCUAA